CUCUCUGAGGCAGGAAUGUCCAAAUAAAAACACGCGCACGCACGCACGCGUACUCAGUUUCCUGAUAGGGAACUGAUCUACUGAGGGAGUUCCCUUUUUCACAAUAUUGGCUUCCAACCAGUUAAAUGACUCUCCAGGGUUAGAAAGGGGUUUGUUACAUUAUCUCAGUCAGUUGCUAAUAUUGCAAACCCUUAUCAUCUGAAAUUCCAACACUGCUGCACUGGGCAUUCCAGAGCCUGAGCAGCAGCUUCAGAAAACUAAAGAGCUCACAGGCAAUUGGCUGGAUAAUGGACUCCUGGUGUAUCACUGACGAAGACCUGGCGGAGGUCAAGAAGGAAGCGUUGGAGCGUCUGCGUCCGUACCUCUGUGAGAAGCUAGUGGCAGACCGCCACCUGGACUACCUCCGGUCCAGGAGGGUCCUUACGCGGGACGACGCCGAGGACAUCUGCUGCAGGGUGGGGAACAGCAAGAAGACCGGUAGGAUGCUGGACUACUUAGCCGAGAACCCCAGGGGCCUCGACUACCUCGUGGAGUCCAUACGCCGAGUGAGGACCAAGGACUUUGUCAUCGGGAAGAUCACCAGCGAAGUCGAGGCGGUGAAGAGAGAGACGGCCAUCUUGUCAGCAGCAGGUAAAUCUCCGCCAGUCUGUAUAUGCAAAGAGAAAACUCCCUUUGUGUCGUUGCAGAGUGACAGUACUGGAUACAAAGGAAGUAGUGACGCACAGUCCAUCCAAACCUCUCUGUCCAACUCCGAAGACAAGUGGGAUCAAAAUGAAGCAUCCUUUUUCUGGAGUGCCCUUCCUGAAGGAGUUAGUGUCUCUUCUCUACACAGUCUGCCAAAACCAGGAGAGCAGGGCGCUCCUUCAGUGCCCCUUGAGGACUUCGAGCCCGGGACAUUAGAGUCUGAGAGCAGUGACCAGUUUCACACCCUCCGUUCCUUUUCAACCCCCCCCCUCUGAUGGAGUAAUACAGAAUGCCUGGAUGUCUGGAUUCAAACACAGGUUGGAUUAUAUGGGGACAGUAAAGGGUUAGGUUUUAUUGUGUCAUAACUGUACAUGUCAUCGUUAUCGAAUGUUUUAUUUUCCAUAAUCAUAAAAGCUUACAGUGAAUCAACAA